AGAGAGAGAGAGAGAGAAAAGCAGAGCACAUUCUUCCUUCCUCUCUAUCGGCAAUAAGCUUUCUCACUGAAUAAGAAGAGAGAAUGGCAAUAGAAGAAGAAGAAGAACAAAUCAAAGGAAAGAGGCAGCAGCAGCAGCAGCAACUGGAUGAUGAUGAGAGAAUGAACGGAACUCUGGAACGUUUCGUGCCUCUUUCCCAAUUCCAUUCAUCUAAUGUCAGGGAUCAGCUAGACAACGGAGGCGCCGCCGACAUCAAGGGACAGAGAUUACAGCAGACUGGACUUCGCUUCUAUUCCCGACGCUCUAAAACACUUAAGAAGCAUUGCCCAUUGAUGGCUGACGCUAACCUUCAAGCUACACUUCCUACUGUCAAAGAGGAACUCGUAGAAAUUAUAGAAAAGGAGGAAUCUAUGAAGCAGACAAAUGGGGUUGGUGGGUUGAUGAUGGGGAAGAGAAAGAUGGAUAUGCGAGGGAGUAAUGAGCAGAUGAAAUUGGAAUUUAACUUACGGAAAUUGCGCAAAGUUUAUGGGUCUAGGGGAAAUGUAAGUAAUACUAAUACCCAUAGGAGGAAAAGGCAUAAUCAUUACUCAGGCAAUGAUUCCGCAACGCCCAAUUCAGCUGUCAAGAGAUGGGUCAAAUUGAUGUUAGGAAAUGAUGAUGCCAAUAAGCUUGUUGGAUUGCAAUGCAAGAUUUACUGGCCUUUAGAUGACAAAUGGUACAUUGCUCGGCUAAAUGGAUAUAAUACAGAUACUGGUUGCCAUCAAAUUGUCUAUGAUGACGGUGAAGAAGAAAACUUAAUCUUGUCUAGGGAGAAGGUUAAAUUUUUCAUCUCUGGAGAAGAGCUGCAAAGACUAAGUUUGAGUUGCAGCACAAUGACCUCGGAUAUCAUUGGCAAUGACUUCAGUGAGAUGAUUAUUCUAGCUGCUGACAGUUUUAAUGACAGCCAUGAGCUGGGACCUGGGGACAUCACUUGGGCCAAACUUACUGGUCAUCCUGCGUGGCCAGCUUUGGUUCUUGAAGAAGAUCUUAUUGUUGGUUGCAAGGGUCUUAGUAGGGAGAAAGUUGGACAGAAGUCUUAUCCCGUUCAAUUCUUUGGCAGUCAUGAUUUUGCCAGGGUAAACAUGAAACAGGUCAGUCCAUUUCUUAGAGGACUUCUUUCGUCUUUCCAGCUGAAGUGCAAGAAACCAGAUUUUGUACGAGGCUUAGAAGAAGCCAAAAAGUAUCUAAGCGAGCAGAAGCUACCAGAAAGGAUGCUACUAAUGCAAAAUAACACUAAGGCUGAAGUUUGUGAGAGUAUAAGUCAGGAUGAUGAAGACAGUGUUGAUUUAGAUCAACAUUGCCUAGGGGACGAAGAUGUGCAGAAUGACAUAGAGAGUUCUGAAAGCUUUCCUCUACAGAUAGGGGACUUGCAAGUGUUGAAUCUUGGAAAAAUUGUGGAUUCAAAGCAUUUUCAGAAUGUAAAGUCCAUCUGGCCUGAACGAUACACUGCUGUAAGAAAGCUUCCAUCACUGACAGAUCCAAGUGUAAGUACCUCAUAUAAGAUGGAGGUGAUGAGGGAUACGGAUAGAAGGACUUACCCCUUAUUUAAAGUUACAUUAGAUACUGGGGAACAGUUUAAAGGAUCUACCCCAUCUUCUUGCUGGAAGAAUGUCUACAAUAGUAUAAAUGAUACAGAUUAUAGUUCCUAUCACAGUUUUAUUUCUGAGGGAAAGUUUCGCCCUGGUUCAGAUAUGUUUGGUUUCUCCUGUCCUGAAGUCUUGAAGCUUAUUAAGAAGCUAUCUAGUUCCAAAGCAUCGUCAAAGUCUAAUUCAUGCAAGAUGUCUUCUGGACGAUCAAAAGAACAGCCUAGUGGUUACAGACCUGUUCGUGUUAAGUGGAACGAUCUUGACAAGUGUAAUGUUUGCCACAUGGACGAUGAGUACGAGGAUAACUUGUUUCUGCAGUGUGAUAAAUGUAGAAUGAUGGUCCAUGCUAGAUGUUAUGGUGAACUAGAGCCUGUUGAUGGUGUAAUUUGGUUAUGCCAAUUGUGUCGUCCAGAUGCUCCCAAGGCUCCUAUUCGAUGUUGUCUUUGUCCUGUCAUAGGUGGUGCAAUGAAACGGACAACUGAUGGUCAGUGGGCUCAUCUUGCUUGUGCUAUAUGGAUUCCAGAAACUUGCCUAUCUGAUAUCAAGAAGAUGGAACCUAUAUAUGGAAUUGAUAUAAUUAAUAAGGAUCGCUGGAAGCUUUUGUGCUGUAUAUGUGGUGUUGCUUACGGGGCUUGUAUACAGUGUUCCAGCACUGCUUGCAGGGUAGCAUAUCAUCCACUGUGUGCACGUGCUGAAGGUCUUUGUGAAGAGCUUGCAGAUGAGGGUAAAUAUCUGAACAUGCCAAUGGAUGUAGAUGAGGAUGAGCAAUGCAUUCCUUUGUUCUCCUUCUGUAAGAAGCACAGACCUGUGGGCAAUGGACGGUCUAGAUCUAAUCAUCCCACUGUGCCCCAUACCAGCCAGUUGGAUUAUACUCCCCCGAUCAAUCCUUCUGGUUGUGCUCGCACUGAACCAUACAAUUGGCUUGGCAGGAGAGGUAGGAAAGAACCUGAAGUGCUGGCUGCUGCAUCGUUGAAACGAUCAUAUGUAGAGAAUAGACCGUACUUAGUCUCUGGAUACAGCCAACAUGAAAUCUUUCCCAACUCUUUGGUUUCAAGUGCAAUCAGCCUCAAAAAGUUGAAUUCAUCGCAGCUUAAUUCUCCCGGAAAAAUUUGUUCCAUGGCUGAGAAGUACAGAUACAUGAGCCAAACUUUUAAACAGAGACUGGCAUUUGGUAAAUCUAGAAUACAUGGAUAUGGCAUUUUCACGAAACUGCCACAUAGAGCUGGAGACAUGGUAAUCGAAUAUACUGGAGACAUUGUAAGACCUUCCAUCGCAGACCGAAGAGAACAUUUGAUAUACAACUCUCUAGUGGGAGCUGGAACUUACAUGUUUCGUAUUGAUAAUGAACGGGUUAUUGAUGCCACCAGAACCGGAAGUGUGGCACAUUUAAUUAACCACUCAUGUGAUCCUAAUUGCUAUUCAAGAGUUAUAAAUACAAAUGGUGAUCAGCAUAUAAUCAUAUAUGCAAAAAGAGAUCUUAAGCAAUGGGAAGAAUUGUCAUAUGACUACAGAUUCUUCUCCAAAGGUGAGCAAUUAGCGUGCUACUGUGGAGCUGAAAGGUGCAGAGGUGUUGUGAAUGACGCCGAAUCAGAGGCGCAAGCAUCGACUUUAUGUGUACAAAGGAAAGAUUUGAUAGAAUGGAAAGGAGAAUGAAUUGAUUCUUCUUGUAGGCUUAGGAAUUUCUGCAUUGUUACAGAUUUUCUAAUACAUUCUUUUUUUCUUGAUUAUUAUUAUUAUAUAUAUUGUAAUUGACUUCAGAUGAGAAUAUACAUAUAAGGGAAGUGGGAAUCCAAACCAACCUAUAUAUGUAAAGGGGCUUGUGAUGAUAGUGUAGAACAUGAUUCAUUGAAUUUUUAUGUAAAAUAUUUAUAUUUUAAAUAUGUAUUAUCAUUGAGUUGGCUCUGUCUUUUUUUUUAA